AUAAAGCACAAAUAUAUAAAGAAAGAUACUGAUAAUAUAAAAUAGUUUUAAUCCAAAUCUCACCCUCUGAUUAUAUAAUCUCUCUUUUUUUCUUAACUCUCCAAUUUCACAUCCCCAAAUCCCUUUCAGGAUUUCAAAUUUUAAGGUGUGGAAAUGUUUCUGAAAUGAAUACGUGGUUGCCAAUUCAGCUAUGAAAAUUGGACUUGGAUUCUUCGGGCAUAAUUUCAUAAACUGAAAUGUUGUCAACUUCGAUCAGGAUUCAGUUUUCCAGUAUAAUCAAAACCAAAUGUGUUGCUAUUUUGGUUGGUUUUGAUUUUAGAGAAUUCAAAGAACAAGCAAAUUGGAAGUAGAAGUAGAAGGACAGAAAACAGUUUUGUGAACCUAAUUUGGAGAUAUUUUAUAUGGGUAAUAAGUUGGGAAGGAGAAGGCAAGUGGUGGACGAGAAGUAUACGCGCCCCCAAGGGUUGUAUGUUCAUAAAGAUGUGGAUGUUAAGAAGCUGAGAAAACUGAUACUUGAAUCGAAGCUUGCUCCAUGUUACCCUGGCAAUGAAGAGUGCUGUUAUGAUCUUGAAGAAUGCCCGAUUUGCUUUUUGUAUUACCCGAGUCUCAACAGAUCAAGAUGUUGCAUGAAAAGUAUUUGCACAGAGUGUUUUCUACAGAUGAAGAAUCCAAACUCGACCCGUCCUACCCAGUGUCCUUUCUGCAAAACCUCAAACUACGCUGUGGAGUACCGAGGUGUGAAAACAAAGGAGGAAAAAGGGAUCGAGCAAAUUGAAGAACAACGUGUCAUAGAAGCACAAAUUAGAAUGAGGCAGCAGGAACUUCAGGAUGACGAAGAGAGAAUGCAGAAAAGACAAGAAUUCAGUUCUUCAAGCACCGCUGUUUCACCGGGGGAAGUUCAAUACGGUUCAGCUGCUGCUCAAUCCUCUGUUGAGGAGGAACUAGUUUCUUCUCAAGAUUCGCAGGCUGCCAUGAUGGUUCAACAACCAUCACAUCCUAGGACAAACAGGGAUGAUGAGUUUGACGUAGAUCUGGAGGAAAUAAUGGUCAUGGAAGCAAUUUGGCAGUCGAUUCAGGAGAACAGCAGACACAGAAAGUCUAACAAUGGAGAUGCUGCUUCUUCAGUACAUGUUUCAGUAGAUCGCUAUGUCUCACCAGCUAUGGCCACAGUGGCCGGUUCAUCAUCAUCAUCAUCGUCAUCAUCUCCUUCUGGUGGUUUUGCUUGUGCAGUAGCUGCCCUUGCUGAGCGUCAGCAGAUCAGUGGAGAAUCUUCUCUUGACUACAAUGGAAAUAUACCACCGUUCAAUAUGCUUCCUGGCAGCAGCAGGUUUUAUAACAGGUUGGACCGAGUUUCCGAGAAUCGUCCUGCAGAGAGCCCGGUUGACAUGCCAACUGGUGGUCUGAUGACACCUUCAAGAGAUGAAGGGGAAUGGGGAGUAGAUUUUGGAUCGGAGGUGGCUGAAGCAGGGACUAGCUACGCAAGUCCUGAUGUUACAGAAGAUAUAGGUGGGAUCUCAACAAUACCACAACAGGAUGAAAUAAGGGGUAGCUUUCUAAAUGUGCCCCGACCCAUUGUUCCGGAAAGUUAUGAAGAGCAGAUGAUGCUGGCUAUGGCUGUAUCUCUGUCUGAAGCUAAAGCUAUGACAAGUAACCCUGGAGUUCCAUGGCAAUAGUUUUAUGUCCAAUCUAUCAGCGAUCGUCUUUCUCGAACAGAUAAUGCUGACCAUGGCUGUUAGCUUGUGGAGUCUCGAGCUGUGAUGAAGUGCACCAAGUAGCUCCAAUGCAACCGGUUUAAAAGGUCAAGGUAGUGAUGAUCCCUUUCUCUUCCUCACACGAUUAUCAUUCCAUACAUAGAUUUUAAAAUUGCAAACAGAUUAUUCUACCAAAUCCAAGGCCGCUUGUUUUAACCAAUUCAUAAAUGUUUUUGGGGUCCCAUUUGCUACAUUCAGUUUCAUUUGUUAGCAUGUUCAUAUCCCACAAACAAAACCAUUUAUGAUGGCUUUCAUUAGUACCAUAGCAUGCACGUCUCAAAUGAAAAUAGGCUUUUGUAAAGUGUAGUCUCGAACCUCGAGUUUAGUUCGGUUGGCAUUAGUAUUUUGCAGGAGGUUAAGGAAGGCUUCUUUUGAGUCUUGUCUUAUAUGUAGUCUCGUUCAUUGACAGCUUACAUUUUUAUAGGAUGCUACUCAUGUCCUGUUUUGGGAAGCUAGUCAAAAAGUUGUAGAAUUAUAGUUUUAAGGCUACCUUAUAUAAUGAUAUAUACGAAUAUGAUAACAUGUA